AUGGAGCAAUCACCAAUCAAUUGGGGCCGUCCAAGAGACGACAUUUACGGCCACUACUCGGAUGCCAUCUCGCAGGCCCCCAACACUCACUCGCUGCCCAAGAAACACACACAGCAGCCCACAGUUACCGGUUCUUCUGUGAUUGGAAUCAAGUUCGAUAAAGGCGUGAUUGUGGCUGCUGACACCCUGGCCUCCUACGGUUCGCUGGCUCGGUUCGACAACAUGGAUCGAUUGACCCAGGUCGGCGAUUCCACCAUUGUUGGCAUUGGAGGCGACGUUUCAGACAUGCAGUACGUCCAGAGACUGCUGGAGGAGCUAGAGAUCGAGGAGAACUACGACAACAGCGGCGACCAGUCGCUGCACUCGGAAAACAUCUUCAACUACUUGUCCAAGGUCUACUACAACCGAAGAUCAAAGAUGGAUCCUCUGUGGAACGCCGUCCUUGUGGGCGGUGUUGACAGCAAGGACGAGCCCUUUCUGAGCCACGUCGACCUGCUCGGCGUCACCUUCAGCUCUCCCGCUCUGGCAACGGGCUUUGGUGCCUACUUGGCCCUGCCUCUGCUGCGACAGCUGGUGCCUUACCCCGACUCAUACAAGAACGUGACGGAGGCUGACGCUCGAGCCAUGGUGGAGAAGUGCAUGAAGGUUCUCUUUUACCGAGAUGCCCGGUCCAUCGACAAGUACGACGUGGCCACUAUAACCAAGGGCAAUGUCAAGAUCGAGAAGGAUAUCAAAUGCAAGGAUCAGAACUGGCGGUUUGCUGAGGACAUCAGAGGAUACGGUCGAACCACCUCUUAG